GAUUUACUUAAAUAUGAUACCUUCCCUGAAGAUAAAGCCACCGAAAUCUUAAGACAACUUCAGGAACAAAGUAAUGACUGGGACAUACAACAUGUUCGAAUUUACUGGAAUAACAAUCGCCACAACAAGAGAAAAAAGGUUUCUUCUAAUGUUUUCGAUUAUGUGCCAGAAGAAUAUGAAAAAGAUACUAGCUUGGUUGUCAAAUCGGAAAAUGCUAUAGCUGAGACUGCUGAUAAGGAAAGUCACAAAAGACACAAUGUAGUAUAUGAACUUAAUUCAUUAACACAAAAAGAAGGGCUAACAAAAAAUAACAGCCUGCAAGAAAGUCAGAUCGAAAGCAAUAAUGUAAGCACCGGUCAAUUGGAUGAACAAACAGGUGCCAAGCGUCAAUGUAGGAUUAUAAAUGAUAAUGAAAAAAAACUUCUUGAAAGUAUAUUUAAAUAUGAUACCUUCCCUGAAGAUGAGGUUAUUGAAAUUUCAAGACAACUUCAAGAACAAAGUAAUUAUUGGAAUAUGCAACAUGUUCGGGCAUACUGGGAUAAUAAUCGCUACAACAAAAAAAAAGUUUAUCCCGAUAUUGCUGGUUAUAAGGAGUUGGGAAAUUUAUUAAAUGAUGAUAAAUGGGGAUAUAAAGAAGAUGGAUCAGGAACUAUUGCUUAUGUCUUGAUGGAGAAUAAAACCGGAACAUAUCAAAUGAAUUUUACUUGGAAAGAACAUGUAUAUAAAAAACACCAUUAUCCUUUAUUAUGUGGCUUAAUGAUGUGUUCAUUUCAAAUUGACAUUCAAGAUUUUGUUUCUGAAUAA